CUUUACUCUCUAGACCCCACUCUACAAGUGAUCGACAUCAUGGCCACUAUCGCUCAGCUCGCCCGCCCCUCCAUCCGCCACUUUUCAGCCCACCGUCGUCGUCCUGAUUCUCGCGCUGCACGCGCCAUCAGCCUGGGUUGCAUUGUGUCUGGCGUGGUCCUGCCCUUCGUGCCACCCGCCCUGGAGAGUUCGCGCCAGCGAAACUCGGGUCUUUCUACUGGGAACAAGUGA